AACCGAUAAGCUAACACAGCGAUAGACAAUUGGAUGGGAAAAUGUACGCUCCUCUUGUGCGAAAUUUUUGUUGAUUUUUCGACGGUUAUUUUUAAUGUUAUCUAUUAAAUAAAAGCGGGUUCACACCACAGUGCAAUAAGAGCCGCCUUCGAAAUAUAGAAAAUUACAAAAUUCGCCCAAAAAGAGCACAUUUCCCUGGGAUCCGACGAGGGAGUGGCAGGUGGAGCAAUAGCGGGUGGUGGCGGCACGCAUUCUAAUUAGGUUUUGUGCUGAAUGUCCUACUGGCGUUGGUUGUGGCUGGCCCUCAAGAUGAUUUACCAGCUGCUGUGCUGCUCGGUGAGCCUGAUCCUCUUCUGCUUCAAUGUGUUCUGGCUGUUCUGCAACUUGGCCAUACCGUGGUGCACUCUCACCCUGCUCGUCGUUUGCAUCGCCUCCAAGUUUGUUAAGCUGCAGCGGAGUCCCAACGAGAAGCGUCUGCUCAGCCUGCUGAGCUCGCCCGAGGAUUGGCCCACUUACUGGCCCAUCGCCAAUCGAGCGGCCGGCUUUGAUGCGCCCGAAAACUCAAAGGCAGCCAUUAAAAAGUGCCUCGCACGUGGAUAUCGGAACGUGCUUCUGGAUGCCGGCCUUACGUCCUGCGGCGAAAUAGUCGUGGCUAACCCCAAACGAAUCAAUGUGGCCCAACAGCCGCUGGCGGAGCUACAAAAGUUAAACAUCAGUGAACAGCAUCCAAUGGGGUCGCAGUACGAGGCUGAAUCGGUGGCCUCCCUCAAGCAAAUUUCCGAGUUUCUAGAAGCGGAGGCCUCACAGGCCACUGUGUUUUUGCGCUUACACGACAACAGCGCGAGGAUGAUUGACCAGCUGCAAAAGUUUAUGACCGCCGACCAGACGUUUACCCAACGCACAGUUGUGAUUAGUCGCUCGCCGCUGGCUAUUUACCAGCUGCGCAAGCUUAAGCCAGAGAUCAUAUGCGGGCUUUGGCACGAGACUUACUUGUCACUCGCAAUCCUCAAAUCUUCGACACUUAUUACCUCUAUCUAUGGCGCUAUUUUGCGUAACAUAAUUGCCCCCGUGAUCGGAAUAAGCCUUGUCUUUCUCAGUAAGGAAGAGAUCAACUUACACAUUGCCGAUCUGUGGCGGAAUGUGGGCGUCCGUCCAAUAGUCUACAUGGUGAAUUCACCCAACGAGAAACGCUAUUUCCAAAAGACCAUGAAGAUUCAGUAUCUCACGGAUUCGCUGCGGUCGGAACCGCACCUCCUUAUGAAGGCCUAGGAAGAUCUUGGGGAAUUCAACGAACAAAAACGAAAUAGAUCGACGCACACACCUACACAAACUGUUUGCAUUUAGCAGCUGGCAGAGCUUAGCCUUUAAGAAGAACUUAUGUACGCAUGUGGUUUUGUAGAAGCUUUAGAAAGUAUUAUCCCGAGUUUACCAGCCCCAGUGAGAUUGAAGAUAUAAUUUAGUAAUGUGCUUUUAUUGUGUUUAGCUGUAGUUUUUGUUCAUUUUAUUUACGUCCUGACUUAUUUAUUUUGUUAUUUAUGGAUUUACUUGGUUUACCCAAUACUGCUUUAUUUAAAAUGUUCUCAAAGUUUUAUAGGCUUACGCGAUGUACAAUAUUUCUACUUAUUACUCAACACACAAUCAUACGCCCUAUAUGGCGUACGAGUUUUGGAUGUGCUAUAUAUACAUACACGCAGCUUUUAUAUGAUUCCCCUUGUUACCCAAAUCCCUAAUGUAAUCAAUCGAAAGCCUUCGAAAAGUUUACCAGCAUUAGAUAUGUAUGUCUAUACCAAAAACCAUAUUUAUUAAAAACUACCUUUUAUUAUGAUAAGAAAUAAAGACGAGUGCAAUGAUUGAUUUAUA